AUGCUCUCCCUCCGAGACAUCCGAUACCGCCGCUCUGUAGCCACCGUUGGCGGAAAGCAGCAUGUGAAGCAGAUUCGCUUUUCCCCCUGCUUGAACAACACAGUUUGGAAGCCAGAUUCCUGCCAAGACUGCCGUUGCCAAAGCAAUGUUGUCACCUGUGAACCUGUUGUGUGCAAACACCCUCCGUGUGACUUUCAGAAGGGAGAAGUGCUCCAAAUAGCCCCCAACAAGUGCUGUCCCGAGUGCGCCUCCCGGGCUGAAGGAUUUUGCCAGCACGAAGGACAGAUCCAUGGGCACGGCACGCAGUGGGCCGCCUCAGGCUGCGGCCUGUGCUUCUGUGCCCACGGGAAGGUGAACUGCACCCCCAAGAUCUGCCCAGCCCUGGUGUGUGGGAGCGGGGAGCAGCCGGACACUGCCCGCGGAGCCUGCUGUCCCGUCUGCGUGGGCCCUGGCCAGUCGUGCUCCUUCGAUGGCCGCUUGUUCCGGGAUGGAGAGGAUUGGUGGCUCAGUCAGUGCUCCAAGUGCAUCUGCAGGGACGGCGCCACUCAGUGCUUCGUGGCCUCCUGCCAGCCCGUGCUGUGCCGUCAGGAUGAAGUUAUGGUGAUGUCUCCGGGAAAAUGCUGCCCGGAAUGCGUUCCGAAACCCUGCUCGGUGUCAGGAAGAGUGUACCAGCAUGGCGAACAGUGGAAAAAAAAUGCCUGUACUACAUGUGCAUGUUCCCGAGGGGAAGUCAGAUGCCUGAGGGAGACGUGUGACUCAGUUACAUGUGAGAAGGGGGAAAACAAAGUGCAGCGUUCCGGGAAGUGCUGUGCCGAGUGCGUCGCUGCCAAGGGAAACUGCUUCUAUGAUGGCACCAUCCGGUACCAGGGUGACGUGUGGAAUAGCACUGGCUGCGACUUCUGCAUAUGUGACAGAGGGCAAGUCACCUGCCAGAAAGCAGAGUGUGCCAGAGUGGAGUGUGCCAAGGGGGAAGAAUUAAUUCACUUAGAUGGGAAGUGCUGCCCUGAAUGUGUUUCACGCAAGAGUUACUGUAUUUACAGAGGACAUGCCAAAGAUGACGGAGAGACGUGGAGCGAGGGCCCGUGCCGAGCGUGCAGGUGCCGGGCCGCGGAGGUGACCUGCUUGCAGCGCUCGUGCCCGCCGUGCGCGCUGGGCAGCCUGGCUGUGGAGGAGGAGGGCGAGUGCUGCCCGCGCUGCCAGCCAGUGGAGUGCCACGCGGACUGCUUGACCUGCUCUCAGUCCUUCGAUCACUGCAACGUGUGCCGUGAUGCCAGGAAGCAGCUGCAGAAUGGACGCUGUGUAGACACAUGUGAAUCGGGCUUCUACCAGGAUGCAGGGACUUGCUUAGCCUGCAACGAAACAUGUUCAACCUGUACCAAUGGAUUUGAGUGCUCCUCAUGCCAUGCAUCCCUGCUGCUGAAGAAUGGGCAGUGUGUGACUUCGUGUGGGCAGGGCUUCUUUCAGGAUCAGCUCCUCUGUGCAGCUUGUCACAAGUCCUGUUCCUCAUGCUGGGGGCCUUCUGAGAACAACUGUUUGUCCUGCAAAGACGCAUCCCAGGUGCUAAAAGCAGGGCUGUGUGUGGCCAGCUGUGGCCAGGGGUUUUACCUGAAGGAUGGAAUUUGCAGCGCCUGCGAGCCGUCCUGCGAAACCUGCUAUUCGGACCAGCCCAGGUGUUUGAGCUGUGCCCCAGAUAAGGUGCUGCAUGGUGGGAAGUGCCUUUCGGAGUGCCCAGAUGGAUAUUUCCCAGACAGCAGAGGAAGAUGCAGAGCUUGUCACAAUUUGUGCUCCACCUGUGAGGGACCUUUGGCCACCCACUGUACCUCCUGUGCCCUUCCCCUGGCACUGCAUCUGGGCCAGUGCCUGCAAGGUUGUGGAGAGGGGUUUUACCAGGAUCAAAAUGUCUGCAAGGGUUGCCACGCGUCCUGCCGCGCCUGCGUGGGCCCUGAGGCCUUCCACUGCGUGUGGUGCGCGGCGCCGCACGCGCUGCAGCCCGAUGAGCGCCUCCGGGGAGCUCUGCACGGCCUUUGCCUCCCCCGCUGCCAAGCCCGCUUCUACCUGGAUAGCACAGGAGUUUGCAGACAAUGCCACUCCUCCUGUGCGGGCUGCGUGGGGAGUGCCUCCCAGGACUGCACGGCUUGUCCGUCUUCCCACGUCCUGCUCGAAGGCCGGUGCCUCUCCGAGUGUCCGGAGGGGCUGUUCAGCCACGAAGAUCGCUGCUACUCCUGUCAUCCAUCCUGCAAGACCUGCCGCGGCCCUGCGGACGUCGAGUGCGUGACCUGCCAUCCCCACGCGACGCUGGCGGGUGGAAAGUGCAGGACAAACUGCAAGGAGGAGCAGUAUCUCAACCUGGUGGGCUACUGCGUGGACUGCCAUCCGCUGUGCCGUGAGUGCGUGGCCAACCUGCGGGACACCGGCAGCGUCUGCCUGACGUGUCAGAACGGCCGGCACUUCCUCCUGGGGGAUCACUGCGUUCCCGACUGUCCAACCGGCCACUACGCCCGGAGCGGGGCCUGCGCGAGAUGUCACCCCUCAUGCAAAACCUGCAGCGGCGAGGGCCCUUUUUCCUGCUCUUCCUGCGACAGCAGCCUGGUGCUCUCCCACAGCAGCACGUGUGUUCCCGCCUGUUCCCCAGGAUACUACAGAGACGAGAGCCGGACCUGCAAACCUUGCAACAGCCAGUGCCUGAGCUGUGAGUCAGCCGCAGGCUGUACGUCCUGCAGAGACCCUGCUAAGGUCCUGUUGUUUGGAGAAUGCCAGUACGAGAGCUGUGCCCAGCAGUAUUAUCUUGAUUUUUCCACCAAGACGUGCAGAGAGUGCGACUGGAGCUGCAAUGCUUGCAAAGGCCCCCAGAGGACCGACUGCCUGCAGUGCAUGGAUGGCCACGUUCUCCAUGAAGGAGCUUGCCUGGAGCAGUGCCCCUUAGCUUUCUACAGGGAAUCAGACACGUGCCAGAGGUGUGAUGAGCGCUGCCUUCAGUGUCAGCAACCGGGCGAGUGCAGCCUUUGCGAAGCCCCCUUUUUCCUCCUGGACACUCGUUGUGUUCUCAACUGUGGGAAGCGAUAUUAUGCAGAGGAUGCCCAGCGAAAAUGCACAGCUUGUCCUCAUGGAUGCUUGGAGUGUGUCAAUGACAGCCUGUGUCACCUCUGUGACAGCAGCACCUUUCUGAAGAACAAAAUUUGUGUUUCUGCCUGUGGCCAGGGUUUCUAUGAAAAUGUGUGGACCAGAGAGUGUGACGAUGGCAAGCAUUUGAGUUUCCAAGUGACCGAUACCCUCACAGUAGGGAUUGGUGGAGUAAAGCCCCUAGACCUCUCCUUACUAGAGGUGCAUGACACGAGUGGUGACCCAGGACAGCUCUUGUUCCACAUGGACAGUGCUCCCUCCAACGGCAAACUGGUGAUGGUGGCGAAUGGGAAAGAGGUGCAGCUGGGGAAAGGCGACCACUUCAGCUACAAGGAUGUGAAGGAGAAGAGAGUCCGCUUUGUGCACAGCAAAGAGAAAUCCAGGAAAGGGCAGUUUUCCCUGAAGGUCAGCGAUCAACAGUUCUUCUCCCAUCCUGAGGUGGUCAACAUUCAAGCGCUUUCAACACAGGCCCCAUAUGUGCUCAGAAAUGAGGCCCUCCUUGUCAGCAGAGGGGAGACUGGAACUCUAACAGACGUGUUGCUGGGUAUGAGGGACGGUGACAACCCUCAAGAUGUCGUGCUAAUGGUUUUAGAGCCCCCGCGUCACGGGCAGCUGGUGAAACGCUCCGGGGACUCGGCUGCUGCAGUCCACAUGUUCCACCUCGAUGACCUGGCCCGGGGACUCCUGCGUUACGCUCACGAUGGCUCGGACAGUCGGGAUGACACGGUGCUUCUGCAGGUGAACGACGGGUACCACUUCCAGAACAUCCUGUUCCACAUUAAGAUCACUCCCAAGAGUGCCGGACGCCCUCGGCUGGUGACCAACUCGCUGGUGUGGGUGCCCCGGGGCGGCAUGCUCCAGAUCUCCAAGAGGAUUCUGCAGGCCGAGAUUCCCGGCGCCCGCGACUCCGAGAUCAUCUACAGCAUCGGCAGCGACCAGCCGAGACACGGUGAAGUAGUGCUGCUGGUCCCAAUGCCUGCAGACAGCCCAGCAGGCGCGUGGCAGCUUUUGCCCGAUGGAAGAGCAGUUUCUCCUACAACAUCUUUUACCCAGCAGGACAUCAAUGAAGGCACUGUGUGGUACAGGCACUCUGGGUCCCACGUGGAGAGCGACUCCUUCCAGUUCCAGGUGUCCAGCUCCACAGGUCCGCCUGGCGGCGCAGAAAGCCACGUGUUCAACGUCGCCAUCCUCCCGCGGAGCCCCCGGGCACCUCGGCUUUCACUCGGCUCCUCUUUGCACAUGGCUGUGCUGGAGGACCGCGUGACAGUGAUUGAGCCCCAUCACCUCUCCUUUGUAGACCCGGAGAUUCCCAGUGAGAAAAUCCUGUUCAACGUGACUGUUCCGCUGCUUCCCGGCCAAGGUAUUGUGGAGCACAGAGACAGGCCCCUCUCCCCAGCCCGGUAUUUCAGCCAGGCAGACGUCAACAACGGCAAGAUCGUGUAUCGUCCGCCGGCGUCGGCCCCGCACUUGAGAGAGAUGAUGGCCUUCUCCUUUGCAGGUCUCCCAGAGUCAGUCAGCUUCCGAUUCACAGUGUCUGAUGGAGAACACACAACUCCGGAGAUGGUGUUUGUCAUUCAUUUGCUUUCUGCGGAGCAGCAGCCUCCCAUCUUCCAGAUCCCUGCUCCCUUCCUGGAGGUCGGCCAGGGAGGGAGAGCUGCCAUCGGGAUCCAGUUGGCAGUGAGCGACACAGACACAGCUCCCGAGGGGCUCUUCUUUGAGCUGGUGGAAGCUCCCCGCCACGGCGUCGUGCUCAAGCUUGGUGCAGGAGUGCAGGAGCGCGUGAGAGCAGGUGACACCUUCAGCUACGAGGACGUCACUCGAAAUGCUCUGCAAUACGUGCACGAUGGCUCGCUGACGGCAGAGGACAGCAUGGAAAUCUCUGUCACUGAUGGUGUCAGCACAGUGACAACGGUGCUGAGAGUGGAAGUGUCCCCGCUGGAUAACAACGGCCCACAGCUGGCCCCAGGCUGCUUGUUGGCAAUGACUGUGGCUAGCAAAAGCUCCGUGACUCUCUCUCGGCUGCACCUCGCCUACACUGAUAAUAAUUCUCUCGACUCAGAGAUAAGAAUCCAGUUAAUAUCUCUGCCCACAUAUGGCACCCUCUUGCGGACGUCUGGUUCUCAUGGUGAAGAGCUUUCCAGGGUUUAUAAUUUCACUAUGGAAGACAUCAACAACCAGAGGAUCAGCUACUCCACCAUGUUUGAGACCGGCAAUCAGCCAGUCACGGACGUCUUCCACUUCGCUGUUUUUGAUUCCGAUAACAACCGGCUUGACAGCCAGAUGUUCACCAUCACCAUCACAUCUGCCCAGACAGCACCAUCACUCAUUGCUUUUGCUGACCAUAUUACUGUGGAUGAGGGGGGCAGGGUCCCACUGUUGGCUCAUCACCACUUAGCUGCUGAUUAUGAUACUGCCAUCAAGGAAGACCUGCGGGUCACGGUUAUCACUCUACCUAUGUACGGCUACAUUGAAAACACUAAGACAG